CCUUGGAAGCUUUACAAGCCUGGAGGCAGCACUCCUUAGAUGGUAUAAAAACCCGCUAUUCACAGUGGUGUGUGGAGUGUAGCGCCCUUCUAAAAAAUGUCCAAAUACAGGCUCAGGAAAUCGAUAGGAUGGUACAGGCUUCCAAAAAGUUGUUAGCGUCAGUGGACGUCGAGUUUUUAAUGGGUUCCACGGACUUCACCAAAACAAUUGAUGACCAGCUGGAUGAGAUAAGAGCAGAUCUGGAGAAACAUGAGUUCAGCAGACGGAAGCUUCUAGAUUCUGUACAACAUGACCAAGUUGUUCCUAGACAGGUGACUGUGAAAGAAACAGCACAAGAACGUCAGGACUUAGAAGCAGCAGUCGGUGGGCAAAUGUCACCCCUACGUGUUACAAAGCCGACGCUGAGAUUCACAGAAACAGACGACAGGAAGCUGAGAAUCACUGACAGCGGCUGUGUGGUAGAGGGUAAGGGAUUGUCCAGGGUGUGGAGGUGGAGGAGAGCUGUGACAGACGGGCGUUACGAGACGGGCAGGUACUACUGGGAGGUACACAUCACCUGUUCACAUGACUGUAACUGUCGUGUAGGAGUGACACAGGAGAGCUGUGGUGUGAGGGGAAGGACAGACUCUGGCCGUAACUCCUGGUACACUGGGAUGGUGUACUGUGGUGAUGAGGUCAGGUGUUAUAGUCACAGUGGUGGUGGUGAGAUCAAACCUGGCUAUCUACAGUGGAGACGUUACACACGACCUCAUCACCUGGGUGUGUACCUGGACUGUGAUGACCAGUCACUGACAGUCCUGGACUGUGACAACAACCAGGUAAUGUACACUGACAGUGGUGUUGUCGUCACAGAGCCUCUCGUGCCAUCGGUUGGGUUUUGUGUCAGGUCUGGAUCUGUGUCUGUGUCUGCUCGUCUGGUAACGGGUGACUCUGCAACUCUACCUCAAGUUCUCUGUGAUAUGAUAAGCACUACCUGACCCUCGGGUAAUUAUUCAUUACAUCCUUUCCAUAAUAUUUUCAUGCGUUGAGGGAGACUGUUUUGUUAGGUUUUUUUUUUAAAAAAAGAAAGACCAGUUUGUGUAUUGAUGUUUUAGUUAAUGUGAGCAAUGUGGCUAAUUCAGUAUGUAUAGCUUGUUCUGCAAAGUGGUCAGUGAUCUGUCACAAGCUUACAGCUUGGUGUAGUUAUACACAGUCUGCUUCACUUGUCCUAAACAUCAAUGUCAGGUUUCUUUCAGACAAAAUACAUGUAGAUAAUGGCUGGGUUGUUUUAUUUUUUAGUAAUGGCGACUUGUAAAUCAGUAUAAUCAGGAAUGUCACUGAGCAAAACGGGUCACAGUUUAUACAUGACAAUUCAUAUUGUCAACAUGGUACAUGUUGUAAUUUUUGUUGUGUUAUGUAACUUUAAUUCCUAAAAAAAAACUAAAUGAGAGAAAUAUGCCUUACCCUUUUAGCUUAGACCGGAGUAUUGAUUUUCCUUAAUGAUUAUGUAUUAAAUCUUCAACGUGAAAAAUAUAUAUACCCUAACUUUCGUGUGGUACCUUGCCAUACCUCUACAUGCAGCUUGUACUUUUGUCUACAAUAUUCUCAGCUACCACUUUUUUAGCUGUAGUGGUUGAAAGUGAAGUCAUAACAUUUUCUUACCUUGGUAACCGUCAGUGAGGUGGGUAAGAACUCUGGCAAGGGGGGAAGUUUUCAGUUCUAUCCAAAACAAUUAAACCUCAGAUGUAUUUUAUUUUGACAUGUUAGAUGCAAAGUAGCACAGUAGAACUUGAUAGUGUAUGAAUAACUUAAAUGCCUCUGUGUCAGUUUUAUCCAAUCAGUCCUCCUUCUUCAGUUCGGAGGCAAGUCUUGGACCCAAUUUCCUGAAUUGCGCAUUUUUAACCUAUUAAAAGGACAAGUUUUAAAAUGUUUUGUUAGUAAUAUAUUUAUAUGAAUUUGGCACUAUAACCAAAAUCUUACAUGUCCAAUGACAAAAGUCAAAGUUCAGGGCUGUCUGUAGUAGCCCACCUGGGUUGAUACUCUACACGUAAGAGUUUGGGAUAGGAUGUUUUGUGGAGAAUGGGGUUUCUAUUUCUUUUCUGUCAAAAAGAAAAUUUGCAGAAAUGAACAUUUACCCUGUAUUACAUUAAAAUGCAACAAGUGUUGUCCUUAGAUUGUAAAAUUUUACCACCUCUACUCAGCUGCGCAGAAGUCAUGUAGGAAUUACUAAGCCUAUCCCCACUUGUACCUGUAGAAAUGAAUUACAAAAACUGAACAACUUUUUAUUAUUAAUGUUGCCCAGAGAGCACAUUUAAUCAAAUUUCAUCAAACGUGAGAAGCAGAUCAACUUUCAGACCUAUUUGAAACACAGCAUUAGCAUAUUUAAUGUUGUAAAGUCACUUUGCACAUAACAAAAUUGAAACACAUAAUCGUGCAUUGUACACUAUGUGUCAUACAUGUAUGUAGGUGUUUCAGAAUAUGUGACAAAAAUAACUUGCUACGUCUAAAUGUAUACACAUGGCUGUGACCUGAUACAGUCCUGGUCAAAUAAAUGCAAUAUCACACUCACCUGUGUAAAUAAAAUUUGGAAGUACAAGCCUGAUAAGUGUAAGGGUGAAAUUUUGCAUAAUUAACAGGGUGGGGAUGGGGGAGGUGGGUAGAUAGGGUUGGGGUUGUAAUGGUUGGGGAUAACCCAUGGUAAAUACAAAAAAGUAGUCCAGUUAAGACACGCACAACUUGACCUUAUCACAAUAAAGGUGAUCAGGCAAAAUUGGGAUUUUUGAUUUUAGUCAUGACAUCUUCUUACCUUUAUAACAUUCAUGGGGUGGGUAAUAACACUGGGCGGAGGGUUUUUAGUUCUAUCCAAAACAGAUUCUGAUAUAAUUUAACAGGAUGCAGUGCAGAAAUUUAAAGUGUGUCUUUGUGGCAGUUUUAUCCAGUUUUAUCAGCGCUUGUUCACACUUCAUUUCGGAGGCAUAUCUUGGACACAAUUGCCCGAAUGGCGCAUGUAUAACCCAUAAGGUGUACUGGGAGUAUACUUGAGGCACAUCUGAGGUGUACCCUUGAGGUAGGACAUAUAUGAUGGUGUGUCUGAGGUAUACAUGUACUUGGGGUUGUAGGCCAACAUGUAUGUGAGGUGUAUUGAAGGUGAACCUGAGGUACUAUGGUUGGUAAAAAGAUGAUAGCUGAGGUGUGUCUGAGGUAUAGGUGGAGGUAUAGCUCAGGUAUAUGCUAUUGGCAAGAGGGAUGUACCUGAGUGUAACAUUUAUUACACUGUUUUCACUUUUAUUUUGGUAAAAAACAAUCUCAAAACCCUAAGCUAAUGGCUAUAUCAAUUAUAGAUAAAGUUGUAAAUUUGUAAGUGCAUGCAGUAUUUUGUUUGCAGUUUCAGUAAUUUUCAGCUGAUUUUUGUAUGUGCUCACACAAAUUCAGCCCCAAGAAGUAUCAGUCAGUGCACAUUUGGGUUCCUUUCCCACAGCCUGGAAAAGGACAUUCUCAUGUGCAGUAAUCUCUGAAUAAUCAAGGAAAAAGCUACAUUUAUCCAUGCUCUUUUGUUGGACAAUUUUUGUACAAUGAAUGGCAAGUGUGUAUUGGGUGAGACAAAGUCUUAUAUUUAUUUUGUAAACCUUUUUUUUGGACAAAAAAUUGUAAUUUUGUAGUCAUCAUUUUGUUUGAGGUAAAAUGCCUGAAUCUGAUCUCUAAUUUGAAAACUUAGAGAAUUUGGGAAGAAUUUGAAAAAAAGUUUCUUCCCACCAUAAUGCUGGCAGCUGUCGUAUAAGUAUGUAUGGCAUAAAAUACCAGUUAAAUAACUCAAAUCUUGAUAUCAUUGUUUCCUGUAUGUUUAGCUUUUUUAUUUAAUUUGUUUAUUGAAGCUUUGCCUUUACUAACAAAUUGUCACUACAUGUACCUGGCCAUAGUUUGAGUAAAUACAUCAACAGUAUUUUGCAUUGGAGUAUUAUAAACAUGUCACAUGUUCACAAUAUUAAACAUUUUGUGAUGUUUAUCAGCUGUCAGCACACAAUAUAAACAUGUGUUUAUUAAAAAAAUAUAUAAAAAAAAUGUCUUUUUCCUAAUAUAUCGACCUCAUUACUAAGUGAAUAUCUGAUGUGUUUACCCUAAUAAACACAUCUCUUAGUUGCUUAACAUGUUUCUUUCAUGAAUAAAAACCAAUACUUGUUUUAAAACUCUAACAGAAAUGUGUUUAAAAGCUAAACUCUUUUUUUAGUAUGUAAGCAAUGUGAGGAAGGAUGCUAAGUAUUUAUAUUAUCAAUUAUAAAUAUUUCCUUUCAACGAGAUUUCCUUGUAAGUGCUGUGAUGUAAGAUAAUAUGCAUUACUGCACAUUGUAUUCACUGCCCCGGUUGAUCCAUAUCAUGUAAGUAAUACACCGUGUCUGGUGAUUACAUAUGAUGACAUUGUGAUGAUUUCGCCCAGUGCAAGUCAUAUGUUUUAGCUGUAUUAUAUACUUUUCUUAAUACAUGUAUAUACGUUGAUUACAUGUAUGCUGUGUGUCAGUUGUUAAAGGAUUUUGUUCAGAACAUAGAUUGUGUUUGACUUGGAUGUGCUUAGUCCGGCAAACUGAUAGGUGUAAAGUUGUUCCACUGCGUUUCUUUGGUUUUUGUUUUCAAAUUUGAUGUAAAUAAGCCUGCCCAGAAUUUUUCAGUGAUAAACCUGAUCAAUUGUGCUGUACAUGUAUUAACGUUGAUUCUCUUUUAUUUCUUACAUGUAUGAAUAACUACAACAUGAGCUAUCUCCUUCUUGUGUUUAAG